AUGAGUCGCCGUGGUGAUUCAGGACAAGAAGGUGUCUUACCAAAAGUUAGCAGAUCGAGUCUCUUAGAUUCAUUUGGUGCAGAGAAAAAAACUGGUAAAUUCCGCAGGAGCACUGUUGGAAUGGUGGCUUUGCAGGAGACCAUAAAAGAAAAACAGGUAAGGUACAGAGAGGCAAGGGAGAAUAGAAGAUUGAAGUUUGAUGAUGCCUAUCGAUACAUUAUUGAUAUUUUGUCUAGAAUGCUGGAGAUGGAAAAAACAGUUGUAGAAGAUUUUAUUUUGGAUUCCUUGACUUUUCAACCAUUUGAUGAUUUCUUCUCCAAAGGAGGUACCAAAUCUAUAGUGUUUUUUUAUCAAGAAGCUGAACCACCAAUAAUCGAAAGUGGAAGAAUUAUUGCUGGAAUUUCUAAAGGAUCCAAAAUGAUGAGAUUAUUUCAGAGUGAUUUAUCUAGUGUGUGCCUUACUGGCCUUUGCUUAUUCUUUGUACGGUACAAAAAUGAUGUUGCAAUCACUGGGAAGAAUAUUCAUGAGGAGAUAUUCUUUUGUAUUUUGGAUUGUACUGAUGGAAUUCUCACUGGUGCUGUGAAAAUGCUUGGAAAUAUUUUUAUCCAUGCUAUUUCUGUAUCUGACAAAUGGGGAGCACUGAACCAAUCAAUACAUGGACACAGAGAGAAGAAAGCUUUCAAAGAAAUUAUUCGCAGUUACAUCACAUUCCUAAAUGGCUCACUAACAAGUCUUGAAAAAGCUGUAGUCCUGAAAAGUGAAACUGUUGAUCUUUCCCAACUGCGCUCAUUUGAACAAGUGACAGCUGCAGUAUCCAAUCCGGAAAUGAUUCUACAGCUUGAAAAUCUACUUUUGUUGUGGCACAAUCAACUAGAACAGGUGCUGGCACAAAGCAAUCAAGUGAGAAAAGAAGCUGAAGAUUCAGGUCCACUGACUGAACUCGAACACUGGAAAUGCACAUCAGCAGAAUUCAAUUCUAUCAUCGAGCAGCUUAAGGGACAACAUUGCAAGGCAGUAAUCAAUGUGUUAAACGCAAGCCACUCAAAAAUGUUAAAGAUGUGGCUAGAGUUGGAUUCUCAAAUCACUGAUGCAGCUAAUGAAGCAAAGGACAAUGUGAAGUUCCUGCAGGCAUUGGAGAAAGUUUGUCAGCCACUCUACAAUUCUGAUCCGGUCACUAUGACAAGAGGUGUUCCAAAUUUGAUAAAUACCAUUCAAAUGAUCCACAAUGUGUCACGGUACUACAACACCUCACAACAGAUGACUUCUCUCUUUAUUAAGAUCACAAAUCAAAUGGUUACAGCCUGUAAGGAAUACAUCACUGAAGAUGGUACUGCUCGUGUAUGGGACCAGGAUUCAGAAGUCGUUAUUAAUAAGAUGCAGGAAUGUAAGAAAUUGUUAGUGGAAUAUCGCAAGUACUUCCAGAACACAAAGAAAUAUACAACUGAGACAGCACAAGAUAAUCCAUUUGAUGUGUCAGAGAUGUACAUAUUUGGUAAACUUGAAGUUUUCUGCAAAAGACUAGCAAAGAUCACAGAAAUGGUUGAAGCAGUGAAAACCUUUUCUGCAUUACACAAUUCGACAAUUGAAGGAAUCGAGAUUCUGGCAAUAAAAUUUCAGAAUAUCUAUCUAAAUUUGAAGAAGAGUCACUAUGAUAUUCUGGAUCCUCGGAAGAAAGAGUUCAAUUCAGACUAUGCUGUAUUCAUGAAACAAAUGUUUGAUUUAGAGAACUUGCUUAAUGACUUCAUGAGUAACUCCUUUGCUCAAAUUAUUUCUUCACGGCAUUCUUUACAACUUCUAAAAAGAUUUCAGAGUUUGAAUAUACCAUCCCUUGAGUCAGAGAUUGAAGUUAUAGUUGAACGUAUUAUCCAGCACUAUGCAGGAGAGUUAAUGUUUGUAAAUAAGCACUAUCAACUUCAUAAAGAGGACCCACCACUUGCAAGAAACAUGCCUCCUGUAGCUGGAAAGAUACUGUGGAUUAGACAGCUCUUCACACGCAUUCAUGAGCCCAUUGACUAUUUCUAUAAAAGUUCUCAGAUUCUCAAAAGCCCACAGGGUAUGUCCAUUGUGCGAAAGUACAACAAAAUUGCUUAUGUACUGGUAAAGUUUGAAACUUUGUACCAUAAGGCUUGGAUAAAAGAAAUUUCAGCCAUUGAAUACAUGCUGCAAUCAACUCUUUUGAUACGAGAUCCAGAGACUGGAAAACUCUAUUCGAACUUUGAUCACAGAAUUCUUGAGAUGCUUCGAGAGUCUAAAUGCAUGUUAAAGAUGGGUUUGGAGGUUCCAGAGAUAGCCAAAUGUCUGCUAAAAAUUGAAAAUACAUUAAAAUCUAACUGUAAUAAAUUGGAGUCUGCUCUUCAUGCAUUUGAAACUGUGCGCCAAGGAAUUCCUUCUGAGUUUAUUGCAUUGAUGACACCUAAAGUUAACAAGAUUGAGUCUAUUCUGAGACAAGGAGUCACGUUACUGAACUGGUCUUCUCUAACACUUGACCAGUUCUUUUCUGAUGCGAAUGUAGCCUUAAAUGAGUUGAUUACGUUGUUAAAGACACUAAUUGACUUACGUGAAAUUCAUAUCGAUGAAGUAUUAUAUGAAAUAGCCCAAAAGAUUAUGAUCAACUUGCCAGAAGAUCAUACCUUAACUUUGGAAAACAUGGUUGCAUACAAUGAGAUUAGCUGCAAAGAUUGGGCAGAAAUAUUAGUUCCAAAAGCUGGAUAUAUUGAAAACACUGUGAACAAAUUGGUGGAUAUAUUUAUUGAAAUCUCUGAAACAGUUAAAGAUGUCGUAAAAUCUGAUGUUGAACCUGAGCGUCGACGAGUUGCAUUUACAGAAGUCCCACAAGAAGAAAAUGCACCUUUCAGGAUUCCCAGCAAAAUUAAAGAUGAUAGCCAACAGAUCAAAAAAUAUGAGGAGCUUGAAAAGGAUAUUAAGGAACUUUAUGCAUAUUUUAGCCAUCAAUUGCUGGAUGCUUUAGUGAAAUCUACACAUCUGUCACUGGAAAUUUUCAAACGAAGAGUUUUCAAAAGAGGACUUUAUGGUUAUUCCAACAAUGUUGAAGAGUUUGCUCCUUUUAUGAAGGCUGAAGUGCGCUUGGCAAUUCCAAAUGUGGUUAUGUUACCAAAUCUGGAUGACAUUCAACAUGGUAUAAACCGAACUAUCCAGAUGAUUUUGGAAGUGAGCCGUAAGGUGCAACACUGGAGGCAUUCAAAAAGUCGUUUAGAAAGUGUUUAUGAAGCCCAGAAUGCAGUUGAAAUAAAUGAAAGCAGGAAUUUAAGAAAGCCGAAGAAUUUUUAUCACAAUGUAGCGGAACAUAAAGAUGUAACCAAAUUAGUCGCAAUGCUGUCUACUUCUGUCAACACCACCAGGGAUGCAGUCGUGAGAGCACUAGAACAAUUUCAAAGAUUCAAUCAGCUAUGGUUACAAGACAGGGAUAUGACAAUUAAGAAAUUUAUGGACAGUAAUCCCAGUCUUUAUGAACUUCGAGCCAAAAUAGAGUACUAUGCUGGUUUUGAACGAGAAAUUGAGGAACUCAGCUCCACCAUUACAGUGGACUUUAUUGAACUGAAUACAGAACCCAUAAAAAUGGCUCUUUCAGUGGAAGGCAAGGCUUGGAAAAUGGCACUUUGUCGGUUUUUGAAUGAGCAGUACAAGGAAAAAAUGGCAGCAAUAACAGCAUUUAUUUCUGAAGAAAUGAAGAAUUUGGCUCGGCCUAUUCAAGAUCUGGAUGAUGUUAGAUUUGCCAUGGAGUCCUUGUCGCAAAUACGAAAUAAUGAGAUACAGAUGGAUAUGACUUUGGGCCCCAUUGAGGAAGCAUACAGCAUCCUGAAUAAGUAUGGAAUGGAGAUUUCAAAGGAGGAAACAGAAGGAGUUGAUACUCUUCGGUACUUUUUCAAUAAAUUACAAGUCAAAGCUAGAAAUGUGCAAGAUGAACUGGUGCAAGUCCAACCCAAAUUUAAGGCUAACCUGCUGGAGUCAGUGGAUGUUUUUCAGAAAGAAGUGCUCAAAUAUGGGAGACAAUAUGAGAAAGAAGGCCCAAUGGUUCCAGGUAUUGCACCUGCAGAAGCCAGCACCAGAUUGCAGAUCUUUCAGAGUUGGUUUGAUGAGUUAUGGCGGAAGUUUGUGACAUACUCUUCAGGAGAGCGUUUAUUUGGUUUGCCAGUACAAGAUUAUGAAAUACUGCAGAGAAACAAGAAAGAGCUGAGUCUAUUGCAGAAAUUGUAUAGUCUGUAUGAUGCUGUGAUGAAUAAUAUUAAUGGUUAUUAUGAUGUGUUGUGGACUGAGCUGGACAUUGAGAAAAUUAACGCUGAACUGCUGGACUUUCAAAACAGGUGUCGUAGGUUGCCCAAAGGCUUGAAGGAAUGGCAAGCAUUUUUGGAUCUGAAGAAGAAAAUCGAUGACUUCAGUGAAUCAUGUCCACUCUUGGAAAUGAUGUCGAAUAAGUCAAUGCAGCUAAGACACUGGAACCGGAUUUCUGCAGUAACAGGGCACAAAUUUAAUGUGACAUCAGAAACAUUCUCUCUGAAAAAUGUCAUGGAUGCUCCACUGCUUCAAUUUAAAGAUGAUAUUGAGGAUAUCUGCAUAUCCUCUGUGAAAGAGAAGGACAUUGAGGCAAAAUUAUAUCAAGUGAUGCAGACCUGGACCAGUCAGACCCUCAGUUUUUCUUCAUUUAAGAAUCGAGGCGAGCUCUUGCUAAAAGGACUGGAGACAGCAGAAAUUAUAAUGUUGAUGGAGGACAGUUUAAUGAUACUGAGUUCUUUGCUCAGUAACAGGUAUAAUGCUUACUAUAAAAAAGAUAUUCAACUCUGGGUCCACAAUCUGACAGUAUGCACAACUAUAAUAGAACAGUGGCUCUUAGUACAAAAUCUGUGGAUUUAUCUGGAGGCUGUUUUUGUUGGAGGGGAUAUUGCUAAACAACUGCCACAGGAAGCAAAACGAUUUCAAAAUGUUGAUAAAUCGUGGAUAAAAAUUAUGCAGCGAGCUCAUGAAAUUCCAAUCGUUGUCCAGUGCUGUGUCGGUGAUGACAUUAUGGGACAGCUUCUGCCUCACUUACAGGAACAACUAGAGGUCUGCCAGAAAUCCUUAACAGGGUAUUUGGAAAAGAAGAGAUUGUUAUUUCCUCGAUUCUUCUUUGUUUCCGAUCCAGCUUUGCUGGAAAUCCUGGGACAAGCUAGUGAUUCACAUACCAUCCAGGCCCACUUAGCAGGAAUAUUUGAUAAUGUAAAUGAGGCAGUCUUCCACCCAAAGGAGUACGAUACCAUUCUGGCUGUCACUUCAAGAGAAGGAGAAAAAAUUCACCUGGAUAAUCCAGUGAUUGCAAAAGGCCCCGUGGAGCUAUGGUUAAGUGAUUUAUUGCGUGUGCAGCAAGCAUCAUUGCAUACUGUGAUUAAAUUAGCAUAUUACAGCUUCAGUGAACCAGAUUUCCAGCUCAUUCCUUUCCUUUAUGAGGCUCCAGGCCAGGUAGGAAUUCUAGCAAUCCAGAUAUUGUGGACAAGGGACUCUGAAGAUGCACUUCGAUUGGCAAAAGACAGCAAAAAGAUUAUGCAGUCGACUAAUCAGAAAUUCCUAGAGCUGCUGAACUCUCUUAUUGCCCAAACAACACAUGACCUGACUAAAUUUCAGAGAAUCCAGUUUGAAACUCUUGUUACCAUUCAUGUUCACCAACGGGAUAUAUUUGAUGACUUGGUAAAAAUGCAUAUCAGAACAGUAAGUGAUUUUGAAUGGUUGAAACAAAGUCGAUUUUAUUUCAAUGAUGACACACAAGAAAUAAAAGUGGGGAUCACUGAUGUGGAAUUUAUCUAUCAGAAUGAAUUUCUGGGCUGCACAGAUCGACUUGUAAUCACACCUUUGACAGACAGGUGCUAUAUCACUCUAGCUCAGGCUUUGUGGAUGAAUAUGGGAGCAGCUCCUGCAGGACCUGCUGGUACAGGCAAAACGGAGACUGUGAAGGACAUGGGCAAAGCUCUUGGAAAAUAUGUAGUUGUGUUUAAUUGUUCUGAUCAAAUGGAUUUCAGAGGAUUAGGAAGAAUCUACAAAGGUUUGGCACAAUCUGGUUCCUGGGGCUGCUUUGACGAAUUUAAUCGAAUUGAGCUGCCAGUUUUAUCUGUCGCAGCUCAACAGAUUUAUAUUAUUCUUAUGGCAAGAAAAGAAAGAAAGAAACAAUUUAUCUUCACUGAUGGAGAUAACGUGUCAUUGAAUCCAGAGUUUGGUAUUUUUAUCACAAUGAAUCCUGGGUAUGCAGGACGCCAAGAACUGCCAGAAAAUCUAAAAAUUCAAUUUAGGACAGUAGCCAUGAUGGUACCAGACAGACAGAUUAUUAUAAGGGUCAAGCUUGCUAGCGUCGGAUUUUUGGAUAAUGUAUUGCUGGCUCAGAAAUUCUUCGUACUUUACAAGCUCUGUGAAGAGCAACUGACAAAGCAGGUCCAUUAUGACUUUGGCUUGAGAAACAUUCUUUCUGUUUUGAGGACCCUAGGAGCUCAGAAGAGAGCACGACCAGAAGAUAGUGAACAAACAAUUGUCAUGAGAGUUUUGAGAGACAUGAAUCUGUCCAAACUGGUGGAUGAAGAUGAGCCACUUUUCCUCAGCCUGAUCAGUGAUUUGUUCCCUGGUAUACAAUUGGAUAGUAGCACCUAUGUGGAACUGCAGGCUGCUGUAGCCAAUCAGGUGGAAAUAGCUGGGUUAGUUAAUCACCCACCCUGGAAUCUCAAACUUGUUCAGCUGUAUGAAACAGCCAGGGUCCGUCAUGGGCUGAUGACAUUGGGACCCAGUGGCUCUGGGAAGACUUGUGUAAUUCGUAUUCUCAUGCAGUCACUGACUGAAUGUGGAGCUCCUCAUCGGGAAAUGCGUAUGAAUCCUAAGGCUAUCACUGCUCCACAGAUGUUUGGGCGACUGGAUCCUGCAACAAAUGACUGGACUGAUGGAAUCUUCUCAACACUUUGGAGGAAAUCUAUCAAGUCAAAAAAAGGUGAUAAUAUCUGGAUAAUUCUAGAUGGUCCAGUGGAUGCUAUUUGGAUAGAAAAUCUAAAUUCUGUACUGGAUGAUAACAAGACAUUAACUUUGGCUAAUGGUGACCGUAUUCCCAUGGCUCCUUCCUGCAAACUGCUGUUUGAGGUACACAACAUUGAGAAUGCAUCUCCAGCCACGGUGUCCAGAAUGGGAAUGGUCUACAUUAGCUCUUCUGCUCUCAGCUGGAAACCAAUUUUGAAGGCUUGGUUGAACAAACGCAUUCCUUGGGAGGCAGAGAUUCUACAAAGCUUGUAUGAUGCUUCCUUUGAAGAUUCUUAUCAGUACAUGAAAUUAAAUCUCCAUCCAGUUAUGGAGCUGCUUGAGUGUAACUACAUUGUGCAGUCCAUAAAUCUGCUCGAAGGUUUAUUGGAAGUUGGAGUGAAUGUUAAUGAAGUACAACUUAGACGGCUCUUUGUAUUUGGGCUCAUGUGGAGUGUUGGUGCCCUGUUGGAACUAGACAGUCGAGCUAAACUUGAGAAAUUCCUCCAAACACACAACAGCAAAUUGGAUCUACCUGCCAUUCCAGCAGGUAGCCCUGAGACCAUGUUUGAAUUUCUUGUCAAUCAGCAAGGCGAAUGGGAGAACUGGAAAAUCUGGGUACAGGAGUAUUCCUAUCCACCUGACAGUGAGCCAGACUAUACAUCAAUCCUUGUGCCAAAUGUUGACAAUGUCAGGACCAACUUUCUACUGCAUAUCAUAGCUAAACAAAACAAGGCAGUACUUCUGACUGGAGAGCAGGGAACAGCAAAAACAGUCAUGAUUAAAGGCUAUCUGAAGAAAUAUGAUCCAGAAGAGCACUUGUCCAAAAGUUUGAAUUUUUCUUCUGCCACAGAACCCUAUAUGUUUCAGCGAACAGUUGAAAGUUACGUGGAAAAACGUGUGGGGAGCACAUAUGGACCUCCAAGUGGACGAAAAAUGACAAUAUUUGUUGAUGAUAUCAACAUGCCUGUUAUUAAUGAGUGGGGAGAUCAGAUCACUAAUGAAAUAGUGCGUCAGAUGAUAGAAAUGCAUGGAAUGUACAAUUUGGAUAAACCAGGAGACUUUACAAAAAUUAUUGAUGUGCAACUAAUGGCUGCAAUGAUCCACCCAGGAGGGGGACGCAAUGAUAUUCCACAACGGUUAAAGAGGCAGUUCACUGUCUUCAACUGUACAUUACCCACCAAUGCUUCAAUUGACAAAAUCUUUGGAAUUAUUGGAAACGGAUACUUUCAAUCUUCCAGAAACUUUACUCCUUCAAUCAGUGAAAUGAUAUCAAAACUUGUUCCUGCAAGCAGAGUCCUUUGGCAAUGGACAAAGGUGAAAAUGCUGCCUACUCCAGCUAAAUUUCAUUACAUCUUCAAUCUGAGGGACCUAUCUCGCAUUUGGCAAGGAAUGUUGAACAUCAUGGCUGAGGAAUGUUUCAAUUUGGAGACACUCCUAGCUUUGUUCAAACAUGAAUGUACCAGGGUUAUUGCAGACAGAUUUAUAAGCGAAGAGGACAGAUAUUGGUUUGAAAAUGCAGUGACACGUACUGUUGAAGAUAAUAUUGGAAAACAACUGGCAGAAAAGCUUCACAAAGAGCCGUACUUUGUUGAUUUUCUUCGUGACCUUCCAGAGCCAACUGGCGAUGAGCCUGAAGAUUUUGUAUUUGUUGUCCCAAAAGUCUAUGAAAUGAUCCCAAGCUAUGAAUUCCUGACUGAAAAAUUACAGUUUUACCAGAGGCAACAUAAUGAAGGAGUCCGGUCAGGUUUUCUUGAUCUUGUGUUCUUCAAGGAUGCGAUGACACACAUUAUGAAAAUAUCGCGGAUAAUCCGUACAGAUUGUGGAAAUGCUUUGCUGGUAGGCGUUGGUGGUUCUGGAAAACAAAGCUUUACAAAACUUGCAUCCUAUAUUGCUGGAUAUAAAAUAUUUCAGAUAACUUUAACAAGAGCGUACAAUGUUGGCAAUCUAAUGGAUGACUUGAAGAUAUUGUACAGAACAGCUGGGGCAGAAGGCAAAGGAAUCACUUUUAUAUUCACCGAUAAUGAAAUCAAGGAAGAGUCCUUUCUUGAGUAUCUCAACAAUGUACUUUCUUCAGGAGAGGUGUCUAACUUAUUUGCUCGGGAUGAACUCGAUGAGAUUACUCAAUCGCUGAUUGCACCGAUGAAGAAAGAAGCAUCUCGCGUUCCACCCACUUUUGACAAUUUAUAUGAAUACUUUAUAAAAAGAGCCAGGAAAAAUCUUCAUGUCGUCCUCUGUUUCUCUCCCGUUGGUGAAAAGUUUCGAUCACGUGCACUGAAGUUCCCCGGUCUGAUCUCUGGUUGCACAAUGGAUUGGUUCAGUCGCUGGCCCAGAGAGGCAUUGGUGGCUGUCUCAAACUAUUUCCUUUCGGGUUUUUACAUCGCCUGCUCAGCCGAGGUCAAAACCCAACUGGUAGCAACAAUGGGUUUGUUUCAUGACAGGGUUUAUCAAACAUGUGAAGACUAUUUUCAGAGAUAUCGGCGAAGAACGCAUAUAACUCCCAAAUCCUAUCUUGCCUUUAUAAACAGCUACAAAACUAUCUACAAAGAGAAACAUGCAAACAUCAAUGAUCUAGCAGAGCACAUGCAAAUGGGUCUUUCCAAGCUCAUGGAGGCAACUGAAUCAGUAGCGCUUCUCGCAAAAGAACUAGCAGGAAAAGAAAAGGAACUAGCAGUGGCUUCCCGUAAUGCUGAUAAGGUACUUGGGGAGGUGACAAUUAGUGCACAAGCGGCAGAGAUAGUUAAGAAUGAAGUCCUGAUCGUGAAAAAUAAGGCCCAAAAAAUUGUGGAAGAAAUUGAAGCAGACAAAAAUAUUGCAGAGGGCAAAUUAAUUGCAGCAAAGCCAGCAUUAGAAGCUGCAGAGGCUGCUCUGAAUACAAUAAAACCUGCUGACAUUUCCACUGUGAGGAAGUUAGCCAAACCACCUCACCUGAUUAUGAGGAUUCUUGACUGUGUGCUCGUUCUCUUCCAAAAAAAAAUGGAUGCAGUCACCAUGGACCCUGAAAGACCCUGUCUCAAACCAUCCUGGGGCGAGUCUUUGAAGUUGUUGAGUGGCACUGGCUUUCUCCAGGCCCUGCAGCAGUUUCCAAAGGACACCAUCAAUGAUGAAACAGUAGAACUUCUCCAGCCAUAUUUCAUGAUGGAAGAUUAUACAUUUGAACAUGCUAAGAAAGUUUGUGGGAAUGUCGCUGGUUUGUUAUCCUGGACUCAAGCAAUGGCUUCUUUCUUUGCUAUCAAUAAAGAGGUGCUGCCACUCAAGGCUAAUUUGGCAGUACAAGAAAACCGCCUCCAAAGGGCCAUGAAGGAGUUAGGAAGUGCCCAGGCACAGCUGGAUGAGAAGCAAGCUGAGCUUGACAAGGUACAGGCCAAGUUUGAUGCUGCCAUGAAGGAGAAAAUGGACCUAUUGGAAGAUGCAGAAACAUGUAGAAGAAAGAUGGAAGCAGCAUCAGCACUCAUUGAUGGUCUGAGUGGGGAGAAAAUCAGAUGGACAGAGCAAUGCAAGGAGUUUAAAGCACAAAUCAACAGGUUGGUGGGAGAUGUGCUAUUGGCUACUGGUUUUCUUUCGUAUAGUGGUCCCUUCAAUCAAACAUUCAGAGAUAUAUUACUGAAAGUAAUCUGGGAAGCAGAGCUCCAGAAGAAGAGGAUUCCAUAUACGGAUAGUUUAAACAUUAUAGCCUUCUUGGUGGACCAGGCUAUGAUUGGUGAAUGGAGCCUACAAGGAUUACCAAGUGAUGACCUGUCAGUUCAGAAUGGCAUCAUUGUUACCAAAGCAACCAGGUAUCCACUUCUCAUUGACCCUCAAACACAGGGUAAAACCUGGAUCAAAAAGAAGGAGAAACAUAAUGAACUGCAGGUAACAUCGCUCAAUCACAAGUAUUUCCGGAAUCACCUGGAGGAUGCUCUUUCACUUGGACGUCCUCUGCUAUUGGAAGAUGUGCAGGAAGAAUUGGAUCCUGCACUGGACAAUGUGCUGGAGAAAAAUUUCAUCAAAUCUGGGACCACAUUCAAGGUGAAAGUGGGUGAUAAAGAAACUGAUGUCAUGGCUGGUUUCAUGUUCUACAUUACUACAAAACUUCCAAACCCAGCCUACACUCCGGAAAUUAGUGCCAAGACAUCCAUCAUUGACUUCACCGUAACCAUUAAAGGUCUUGAGAACCAGUUGCUUGGACGUGUGAUCCUUACUGAGAAACAGGAGCUGGAAGCAGAGCGUGUACAACUGAUCGAGGAAGUCACUGCCAAUAAACGCAAAAUGAAAGAGUUAGAAAAUAACCUACUAUUUAAGCUCAGCACCACCAAAGGUUCACUGGUGGAUGAUGAGUCUUUGAUUGGAGUCCUUCAGAUAACAAAGACAACAGCAACUGAAGUAAGUGAGAAGCUGCAUGUAGCAGCAGAGACAGAAGUAAAGAUUAACACUGCACAGGAAGAGUACCGACCAGCAGCUACUCGUGGAAGUAUUCUCUACUUCCUUAUCACUGAAAUGAGCAUGGUUAAUAUGAUGUACCAGACCUCACUUGCACAAUUUCUGAAAUUAUUUGACCUCUCCAUGGCAAGAUCUAAGAAGUCACCUGUUGCUGCAAAGCGAAUCCGAAGCAUUAUUGACUACUUGACCUUUGAAGUUUUUAAAUAUUCAGUGCGAGGUCUUUACGAAACUCACAAGUUCCUUUUCACUUUAUUGCUGCCUCUGAAAGUUAACCUAGAGCGAGGAUUCAUCAAGUAUAAUGAAUUUCAGACUCUUAUAAAAGGUGGUGCAGCCCUUGACCUGAAAGCCAGUCCUCAGAAACCUUUCCGCUGGAUCCUUGAUAUGACUUGGCUGAAUUUGGUGGAGCUGAGCAAACUCUCUCAGUUUUCAGAGAUAUUGACUCAGAUAUCGAAGAAUGAAAAGGCUUGGAAAGUCUGGUUUGACGCUGAAGCUCCGGAAGAGGAGAUUAUUCCUAAUGGAUAUAGUGACUCUUUAGAUGCAUUCUGCAAGCUGCUGCUUAUCAGGUCUUGGUGUCCGGACAGAAUUCUGUCUCAAGCUCGAAACUACAUUUCUGAGGCAAUGGAAGCAAAAUACGCAGAGCCAGUGAUUCUAAACCUGGAGACAACCUGGGAAGAAAGUGAUACACAAACUCCUCUGAUCUGUUUCCUAUCCAUGGGAUCUGAUCCCAGCAAUCAGAUUGAAGCGUUGGCCAAAAAACUUGAAAUUAGUUGCAGGGCAAUAUCAAUGGGUCAGGGACAAGAAGUUCAUGCCAGAAAGUUAGUGGCUAUGUCAAUGCAUGAGGGUGGAUGGGUUCUACUACAGAACUGCCAUUUGGGAUUGCCUUUCAUGGAUGAGCUGCUGGAAAUCUUAUUACAAAGUGAGAAUGUGCAUGACUCUUUCCGAGUGUGGAUAACUACUGAGCCACAUCCGAAAUUCCCGAUCACACUGCUCCAGACAUCCAUCAAGUAUACUAAUGAGCCCCCUCAGGGAGUGAGGGCAGGACUGAAAAGGACAUUCACUGGAAUCACUCAAGACCAAAUAGAAUAUUCAAAUCUACCCAUGUGGAAACCAUUAUUGUAUGCAGUUGCUUUCCUACACACCACAGUCCAGGAACGGCGCAAGUUUGGUCCUCUGGGAUGGUGUAUUCCAUAUGAGUUCAACUCUUCAGAUUUCACAGCCAGUAUCCAGUUCAUACAGAACCAUCUUGAUGAUUGUGAUAAAAAGAAGGGUGUGUCAUGGAAUACUAUACGUUACAUGCUUGGAGAGGUUCAGUAUGGAGGGCGUGUCACAGACGACUAUGAUAAACGUCUCCUCAACUGUUUUUGCAAGGUGUGGUUCAGUGAGAAGAUGUUUGAUUCCAAGUUCAGUUUUUAUACUGAUUACAUCAUCCCAAUCUGUACCAGUGUGGAAUCCUAUUUAGAGUAUAUUCAGACAUUACCCGCUGUUGACACCCCUCAGGUGUUUGGCCUACACCCAAAUGCUGACAUCACGUACCAGAGUAAUACUGCAGCUGAAAUUCUCAACACAAUCACCAAUAUUCAGCCAAAAGAAACUUCUGGAGGAGGAGGAGAGACUCGAGAAGCCACUGUCUUUAAGCUGGCUGACAGUAUGCUGCUAAAGCUGCCCCCUGAUUACUUGGCACAUGAGGUGAAAGGUCGCCUCAUAAAAAUGGGAAUAUUGAAUUCCAUGAACAUUUUUCUGCGCCAAGAAAUUGAUCGAAUGCAGAAGGUUAUUACGAUGCUCCGAAACUGUCUGAAUGACUUAAAGCUGGCCAUAGAGGGGACCAUCAUCAUGAGCGAGAAUUUAACAGAUGCCUUAGAUAACAUGUAUAAUGCCCGAGUGCCUGUGGUUUGGAAGAGGAUUUCCUGGGAUUCUGCUACACUGGGAUUUUGGUUCACAGAAUUCCUAGAGAGAAAUGCACAGUUUUCCUCCUGGAUAUUUGAGGGAAGGCCAAAUGUAUUUUGGAUGACAGGAUUCUUUAAUCCCCAGGGAUUCCUAACAGCUAUGAGACAGGAAGUCACACGUGCACAUAAAGGCUGGGCACUGGACAGUGUCACUCUACAUAACGAAGUAACAAAACUGAUGAAGGACGAGAUCAAAAUACCACCCCCGGAGGGAGUGUAUAUCUAUGGCCUUUACCUGGAUGGAGCAGGUUGGGAUCGGAGAAAUAUUCGACUGACUGAAUCAACUGCCAAGGUUCUCUUUACAAUGGUACCUGUCAUUUAUAUAUUUGCCAUCAAUUCCACCGCACCCAAGGAUCCAAAACUGUAUAUCUGUCCAGUUUACAAGAAACCACAACGUACAGACCUGACGUUUAUAACUGCCCUCUGUCUGAAAACAGUCCAGCCACCUGACCACUGGAUCCUGAGAGGGGCAGCUCUGCUCUGUGAUAUCAAGUAA